CCGCGCGGCGUCAGAGAGAGAGAGUGGGUGGAUUAAAUGUGCGGAGCUAAGCGCGUUUUAGCCUCUCUCCCCGUGCUGCUGUGGGAUAUUACACCGCGCUGGCUGUAAAAUACAAACAAUAAUACAAACAAUAAUACAAACAAUAAUCCAGCCUGGUUGGAAAAAAAUAUUGGGCUCUUCGCGCGCGCACAGAUGUGUCAGAGACUGCGGUAAAAACCGACCGCUCAGUCGCGAGCUCCUCCUGCGACGGAAACUUUAAUUCAUGUGAAUGAGUUCAUGGAUUUGCGCGUGCCGGUGUGACGGAGGAUGUAAGUGACACGGGUAUUAAUCGCACGAGAACUCGUCUAAGCCAUCUCCAUCCGUCCGUCCGUCCGUCCGGAGAGAAGUUCCUCGGCAGAAGGAGCGGACGAACAGCGCAGUCACGCUCUGCUCUCCUCCGUUCAGCCGCCUCCGUUCUCGGUACAUUUUGAAGGUAGCCGUCCGGUCUCUCUGGAAACGCGGACAAACCGAGCACUCGUUGCGGUUUCUGCAGUGUUAUGCUCGCCGGUCGACCGGUACAGAAACCCGGCGUUCUCUCUUUCACAUGGGCGAAGACGAGGAGCAGUUCUGCGCCCAGACUCGCCGCGGAGGAAGCGAAGAGAGCGGAGACAGCGGAGCGUCUCUGGACCCGGACCGAGAGAGGAGGUAUGCGGAGCUGUUCAAGCAGCUGGACCUGAAUAAAGAUGGCAGGGUUGACAUCAACGAACUGAGAACCGGACUGGCAGCUCGUGGUUUACACCGGGGAGAGGCAGAGGAGAUAGUCCUCGAGAGCGACAUCAACCAAGAUGGUUUGCUGGACUUCAGCGAGUUCUCCCAGUACCUGCAGGCUCAGGAGAAGAGGCUGUGGUUCAUGUUCCACAGCCUUGACCGCAACAAUGAUGGUCAAAUCGAUGUGGGGGAGAUCCAGCACUUACUGCGCAAGCUUGGAGUGGAGGUCACCAUGGAGCAGGCCUCCAGAAUACUGCAGAGUAUGGACAGGGAUGGCACCAUGACCAUUGACUGGAUUGAAUGGCGUGAUCACUUCCUGUUCAACCCUUUCCACAACAUGGAAGAUAUUGUCCACUACUGGAAACACUCCCAUAUGUUUGACAUUGGGGAACAUCUGACGGUACCAGAUGAGUUCUCGGAGAAGGAGCGACGGUCAGGUCUGGUGUGGAGGCAACUAGUUGCCGGAGCAAUGGCAGGGGCUGUGUCCCGGACAGGAACUGCUCCUCUGGACCGUCUGAAGGUCUUCCUACAGUGUUUGUGUGUCCAGGUACACGGCUCCGCUUCUAGGGGGAUUAAUCUGUGGUCUGGACUGAGGGGGAUGGUACGGGAGGGAGGUGUCUUCUCACUCUGGAGGGGAAAUGGCAUCAAUGUCCUCAAGAUUGCCCCUGAAUCUGCCAUCAAGUUUAUGGCCUAUGAACAGAUCAAGUGGCUCAUCCGAGGCAGUAAAGAAGGAGGCAGUUUAAGGGUACAAGAGAGGUUCAUUGCUGGCUCUCUGGCAGGAGCUACUGCCCAGACCAUCAUCUACCCCAUGGAGGUGCUAAAGACUCGUCUUACGUUAAGGAAAACGGGACAGUACUCUGGUAUGGCUGACUGCGCCAGACAGAUACUAAAGACGGAGGGAGUCCGGGCUUUCUACAGGGGCUACCUGCCAAAUACUCUGGGCAUCAUCCCCUAUGCUGGCAUCGACUUGGCUGUGUAUGAGACUCUGAAGAACGCCUGGCUCCAGAGGUACUGUGUAGAUUCAGCAGAUCCAGGAGUUUUGGUCCUACUGGGUUGCGGUACCAUCUCCAGCACCUGCGGCCAGCUGGCGUCCUACCCCCUCGCUCUCAUUCGGACACGUAUGCAGGCACAAGCCACCACUGAGGGUAUACCCAAGCUGACCAUGGUGGGCCAGUUCAAAUACAUUAUAUCUCAUGAAGGUGUGCCGGGCCUGUAUCGCGGCAUCACCCCCAACUUCCUCAAAGUCAUUCCAGCCGUCAGCAUCUCCUACGUGGUGUACGAGCACAUGAAGAAAGUCCUAGGGGUGGGUUACUAAACCGGGACAAACAAAGAGGGACUAAUGGCAGAAAGGACAGUGAAUGCAAGGACUCCAUUAUGCUUGUGAGAAGAAGCAGAUGAGAGCUGCAGCUCCUCAGACCUCUGAAGAAAAAGAAAGGACGAGGAGAAAAGAGACAUUUAACAGAUGGGGAUCGUACUGCUGUAUGCUGCACUUCCUGUUGACUCAGUCACGUUAAAGCUUUUGUAGCUUCCAGGUAGUUCGCAGGUAGAUCUUAUUCAUUUGUGGAAUUUGGAGAAGAGAAUGAGGUAAAUGUUGAUGCCACAUACAUACAGGAAAAUCCCAGAGUAUCUGGAGUUUAACAAACGUUUUGCACACAGUCAACCAGUAAUAUAUGUAAUACAAGUAUAUAAGUAGUUUGAUUUGGCUGAAAAUAUUUUAGGGUCAUAUAAAGUUCUGAAAUACAAUCUGUGAAAAACAGGAUUGACUGGUCAUAGGAUAUCUGAAAUACCAUGGUAAACAGUAGAAUUACCCAGCUCACAUUAGGGUAUUUACCUGACUGGCCAAAGAGUCGUGAGUGAGUUGUUGAAUGAUACAUUGCGUUGCAUCAUAAGUUGAUCAGGUUUGGUUCUGCUUGUAUAUGCUGAAGCCCUUUGCAUUAGCAGCCCCCCUAUACCAGUUCAUUGGUGUCAUUGAAAUAAAUGAGGGAGCUGUGUUUUGGUGUCGGUGUGAACACAGGCUGAGGCCGUAUUCAUAUAUAUCACAUCAGGCUUUGCAACACUUCCCACAGGGUUGUAUGGAGGUGUUGGCGUGUUCAUGCAGAAAAUCAUGUUUUAUUUAUGGGAUUCAGCGGCUUUCUCAUUACAUCUGCUCCCUCUCUUCAUUCUCUUCACUUUUUGCUGCAGGGUUGCUGCAUUGUUGUUGUUUUUUGUAUGGUUCCAGGAGUCCGGGCACUUAUUAUUUAAAAACCAAUACACUGGUGUUUUGUUUCUGUGCACUCAUCAUUUAGUGAGAGGUUGAAGAGGCACUCCCCGCAUUGUCAAAAUAUUGUUUUAGAUUUGUUUUGUUUUUUUGUUUUUUUUGGGGGGGGGCUGUUUAUUUUGGUCUGAGAAGCAACUUUCUACUUGAAAGAAGACCUAAUGGCGAUCAGGCCCUUUCUCACCAUGCUUGCUGGCACAUGUCUGGCUGCAUAUGUUGGUGUGUUACAGCCACCUGUUAAUCAGUGGUGUAGUGUGAAACCAUUGGCAGGACUGUGUAUCACAUCACCCACAUGUGUGCACGUGUACUCUUGAUCCUGGAAAAAUAAGGAUACAAGGUGAUUUAAUUGUCAUCUUUACAACACAAGCUUGUCUAACUUUCGUGCUACUCAUAAAAACAAAAUAUAUUUAUAUACAAACAUUCUAAAGUCAUGAAACAAAAUUCAAAAACUAUUUUUCAUGAUGGAGUGCUGAGGAUGAAUUUAGCAGUCUCUCUGCUAAAGAAGAAGCUGUGCUUACGUCUGGUGAUACGGCUGUGGAUACUUCUGUAUCUCUUGCCAGACAGCAGCGGGGUGGACAGGCUGUGAAAUAAUAAUAAUAAUAACAAUAAAAAAGUCCAACUCAAGUUCCACUUGCUUUUUCUGGAGCUUUCAACCCUAUCACAUAACUCUAAUCCCUGAAGGACUGUGUGAGGCAGAUGAAAGCUCUAGAAAAGUGUAGUGGACAGUAGGGAUGCCAUGGGUGCCAGAAAAGAGUAAGGGCUAUGUAUUUUUUCUUUUUGAAAAGUCAGCCAGCCAGCAGGUUAGAGAUUCUGACAGCAGAAAGAUGACAGAAAAUGACAGAACAGACCUCAAAUAAUAAAUGCAGUUCCUCUAAUGGCCACUUGAGGCUGGCUCCAGCAGUGAGUCAAUCUCCAUAAGGCCAAACAUUAAAAUGCCCAACUUUACAGGUGAAAUAAACAUGUUUACAGCCUGGUUCAGCUAAUAUUCCUGUUCAUGACAACUACAGGGGUGAAUUUUCACUCCUUUCAAUUAUAUUAAGGCUUAAAGUUAUGCAUAAUUAAGGGUGCGCUUUGAGUGACAGGUUCGAAAUACGGGGGGCCAGGCCUCUUAUUCCGCGUUCUUUGAAAAAAUUAAACAUAUUUUCAUACAGUCCCUAAUUAGACCUAGAGUUGGCAUUGUUUUGUAUUUCUUUCGUCAAGAAUGAAGUUUUAGCUUAGUUGUAAUUUGUCGGAUCAUACUGUAUAAUAGCCUAACAUGUUCUGUUUUAGAUAUUCAACAGUGAAUUUAGAAUAUUUUUCUCACAUGAUAUUAAUAUGAACUGUCAGAGUUGGUGUAGAAGUAGGUAGAACACCCACAUCAGGAUCAGCACACAGCAAAAACAGGAGAUUAAAGCUGGAGAGAACACAUGCUGCUGCUGUGCUGCUGGCUGUGUCCACCUGUUUUCUGCCAGGAAACUGAUGACUGAACCGACAUGUAAUAUAUCUUAUAAAGUAGUAAAAAACUAUUUUAAACAAUUCGAUUCCUUGUUCCCUGCACUGGAGCUUCAGCAAAUAGCCUUAGCUGCAAGUGUCAGAAUGUGGAAUCAAUUGCAAUUUUAAGAGAAAAGAUAAAAAGAAAUCUGUGCAUGUUUUUUUUUUUAACUUGAAUGUGAACUGCACAAAACGUUUUAUAGUAGCUCAGCUCUGAAGCAGCUGCAUGUAAAGGGAUACACGCCCACAGACUUGAAGAAUGUGAUUAUUUGCAUAGCAGGCAAAGACAUAUAUCAUCUAUAUUAUUAUGCUUAUGAUGCCUAAUUCCCUAAAGAGUUUUGCCCCCUUCCUUGCAAGCAUACUUGAAAUGAUGCUGGUUGCCACUGGGGCCUUGCAAGCAUGAUGUACGACAUUUGUAAAGCAUGAGUGCAUGUUUCCAAGCCUUUUUGUGAAAGUGUAGCCAGCUAGCUUCAGUGUGUGAGGACUGUAUUGCCUUUCUCCUACGAGCUAUUUUCAACCCAAAAAGACAGAGCUGUCGUAGUGUUUGAUAAUGGACGCCACAAAAAGAGCUUUCUAGUUUUGAUAAAUAAUAGUGUAUGUCAGUUGAAUGUGCAGUGCACUUUACACGCCUCAGUGAUGGUAUCUGUGACAUUGUACAAAGAAGAGGGCUCUCAGUGUUCAUGACGAUGAUGGGAUGAGGUAUUUUUGUUAUCCAACCUAGAAGUGAGCAUCACCAUGGUUCCAUUUGUCGAAAUAUUGUACUAUUUACAGCACCACAUUUAGUUUAGUUAGUAGUUAGUUACUUUGCAGAUUCACAUUAUUAAAACAAGAUACAAACUGACAA